CUACCUACCGCGCAACACGACGAGCGGCCACCUGCCCGCCAUCAUCUACUACCACGGGGGCGGCAUGACCGCCGGCUCACGGCGCGACGGUCACUUUCCCACCUGGCUCUACGACCACUGCCAAAAAAACACCUACAUCUUCAUCGCCGCCGAUUACCGCCUCUGCCACCCGAGCACCGCCCUCGACCAAAUCGCCGACGCCAAGGCCUUGUUCACCUUCCUCGCCAGCCCGGCCUUCCAAUCCUCCCUCCCAUCCCCCUCCCUAACUCUCGACACAACCAAGAUAGCAGUAACCGGCGUCUCGGCAGGCGCCUACUCCGCCCGUGCCGCGUGCGUCUACGCCUCCCCCAAACCCUGUGUGCUAAUGACGGCCUACGGCACCGGCGGCAACCUCCUGCUGGACCACUGGACGCAGCCGCGGCCGCCGACCUCCAUCGCCGAACUAGUCGACCUCGACGAUGUCCCGCGCCUGCUGGCGAAUCGGACGGUCGUCAGCGAUGAUCUCGACCGAAACUCGAACCGGUUUGCGCUGACGGUGCGGUGGGAAAUCGACGGCACGUUUUUGGACGGCGUGUUUGGACACCCCGGAUUAGGGGCCGAGCUUAACAAGGUGGAGUAUGCCAGGAGGAAGGAGGCGGUGCCGGAGGCGUUGAGGGCGGGUUUCUUGCAGAAUUACGUCGGGAAGGGGUAUCCCCCUGCUGUGUUUGUGCAUGGGACGGCGGAUGAGGUCGUGCCUGACCUGGAGAGCAAAUUUCAACACGAGCAGUUGGGCCAGUUGGGGAUCCGGACGGAGUUGUUGCUCGUGCAGGAUGCGGGCCAUGGGUUGGUGGAUUUGAAGUCGGGGUUUCCACCCAAAAUGGCGGACGGGGCGAUGGAGGCGUAUGCUGAGGCGUUGAAGUUUGUGGAUGCUGCGCUUACGGGGAACUUGUAGGGAUGGUUUGCGGGCGGGGAAAGGGGUGUGUAUAGAGUGGGAUCUAGAAUAGAUGUAGAGAUGACGCGGAUUUGUGACACUCGCGGUUCCUGAGAUAGGUAUCAUUCUAUCGUAUCAUCACACCAUUAUAUACAUCACUUGGCC